ACAAACAAACACCGGACUGUGACAACUCGAGCCGUUAGCAAUACAAGGACACAAGACAUUCCUGAGUUAACAGGUUUGACCUGAUGACCUGAUGACCUGCAAGUCAAAGCGACAGGUGGUGUCAAGAUAAAUGGAGAGAUUGUGAUAUUUAGUGCUGUGUAGUCAGUAUGACAACAACACUGAGGUGUGAUCCAGGUUGUCCGUGUUGAUUGACAAACAUCUGCUUCAUCGUCGUUAUCAUUCUCUUCCUCUCCUCUGUGUGAGACAGAGACUUGAUUCCUGCUCUGACACGUAACGUCUUCAGGACAGUGUGCUGGUCAUGGCUGACCACUCUCCUGACUCACAGCAGGUGGGUGUGACAGCCUGACUAGGAGGUGCCCUCGCUCAGGCCCAGUCCCUGUGGCUACAGUGGGUUGAGACCGCCUUCCCUUAGCUCAUGUCACGUGCCUAUUUCCUCCCUCCCGUCUUCAUCAGACGCGUGCCCUUGACCCGCAAUAGCAGCGGGUCACGAGGUUCUCGUCCUUCAUCCUGCGACCAGUCCGGCGAUGACGUCAGCUGCUGACCAGCCGAAGCCCGUGCAGGAGAGUGACGUCAGAGAUGACGCGGCCAUGCAGCGCGUGCUGCUGUGUGUGCAGAGGUUGUUGUGCGACAUGGGGGAGGUGGCGGUGGGGUUGACUCAGCUACAGUUCGGUCAGUACCUGGGGGAACCGUCUUACGCCGCCGCCGCCGGCCACCUGCCCCUUCCGGCCAACCUCCCCGCGGCUCUCCCUCGCAACUGGAGGCGCGGCGACUUUGAUGUCCUCCUCAUCCACCGACACUACGGCUUCGUCGUCUGCGAGGUCAAGGCCAUCGGGGACAGCACGUCAGCGCAAGAUGAAGCGACAAACAUAAGGAAGAAAGUGCAGCAGGCCAUGUCACAGCUGGACAAGGCGGAGGCCAUGUUGUCUCACCUGGUGUCCGACAUCGCUCCCGGUCUGCGCAUCACCGAAGAUCAUCGCGCUCCCUAACCUGACGGCCCGCCAGGUACAGCAGGCCCUCGCAGGUGACGCCGACCUGACUCAGACUGUAACCUCAAGGGCUUUAUACACCCAGGCCUGACGAGAGGGGGGGACAGGGGUCUAGUGUACCCGGGCCCGCAGCUGUCAAGGGGGCCCGGCCUUGAAGCUGAGUUACUGUGUGGGAAGGUCAGACCCCGCCGCCAUUUGUAGUGUGUGUCUGUGCUCUGAUCAACUGUCUGACCCCAUGACCCCAUGGGACAUCAGCAGUGACGUGCUGAGGGAGCUCGGGAGCUGGUGGAAGCGAAGUGUGGCUGGGGCUGGACCAUGACAGUCACAUGACUGAUGAGGUGUACAAAACGCUGGUGGCAAGAUUCUGUGGGCCGGCGACAACAGUGACUGUGCCCUGCAGUGUCUGAGUGUCAAGACGCUGGGUCAGGCCGUGGGGUUCACAGGUCACUGCUAUGCACAGAUGGCGCUCUUCCCAGAGCAGGUGGGUCUGCUCAACACAGCGCCCCCUACCGUCUUCCUAGCCGGCCCACCCGGCACGGGCAAGAGCGUGGUGCUGCUGCUGAUGGCGAUGGAGUGGCUACGACGGGGCAGCGACACCCGCAUCGUCAGUACCUGCAGAGAGAGUCGUGCAGCUUGCAGCAUGCUGCGUCACCUGCUGCAGCAGACAGUGACGUCACUGCCAUCAGAUCCUCUUCCACCUGGUCAGGUGCACCUGCUGCAGUACGACUUUCAGACGGAGGACAUCGUCAAGAGAGCCGUCGAUGAGUUGGUGCAGGCGGCGGGUGCAGGGCCGCUACACGUCAUCAUUGAUGAGGCGGGACCUGAUGACAGGUACGACCACUUCCAGUUGUUCUGCAAGGAGCUGCUGACACGAGUUCCUUCUCUCCAUCUGUGGGCGGCCAGCUGUUACCAUGGACACGCACCUGCCGACUGGCCGGUAGAAUACCUCACCAGACCUCUCCGCUUCCCGCCGGCCGUGGCCAGGCAGGUGGAGCAGGACACGGACAUGAAGGUGAGCAGGCGCGUGAGGACCUACAGCAGGCGGAGCGUGCCUGACGUCACUGACGGCCCCCCGGUCACCGUCCGUCUCCACAAAGGUCAAGGUCACAGCAUGCACGAGCCUGCGUCGAACUGUGAGCGAUGUGGACAGGACCUGGCUGAUUUCCUAAGCACCCUGGGUGUUGGAGGAGGCGAGGCGGCGCCGCUGACGUUGAGGUUCAGGGAUGUGCUGGUGGUGGGCACACACAACGUCCACAACAUGUCGGGGCUGGUGACAGGGCUCCGCAAGUCACGUGUUCCCGUCAAGGUUUUCACGGACAGCGACACCGACGACUUGGCCACGGGCCGUAGUGACGUCAUAUGGGUGGCCCACGGCAAGCCGCGUCCACGGCCUGGAACGAAAAAUCGUCGUCUGUCUCGUCAACAUACACGAUGACUAUGAGGACCGUCUUCAUCUGAUGUCCAGGUGCACGUCACAGCUGGUGAUUCUCUCCUCUUGAAGACAAAGACAGACGUGUGAGUGACAUGUCGGCAGUGUGAGAACACAAUUAUUUUAUAGAAACUUCAUUGAAUCCUAACGACAUGUGAUCACAAGGUAUCACGAAGUCUCAGCACGUCACUGUGCGUCACCAAGACGAUAGUAUGAAGGAGAAGGAAGAGCAGACUUUAUUUUUAGUGACUACACAAAGCAAAAGGUCUCACAUGAAGUUUUGUACUGAGUGAUUAUUUUUAGUCAUAUCACGAUGUAUUACUCUCACACCGCUGCACCACGUCACCUGUGUGGAUUCCCGAGACACACAACACACCGUCUACUAGUGCCACCUGACACUAAAGCAUCACAACAGGCUUACAAUGUAGAAAACAAACAAUUGAAGCGAGUGAAUGGAGUCAAUCACAACAACUAAAUAUUUUCACAAUACGAUCUUCACAUUGAGGUCACAAUUGUUUUCACAAUACGAUCUUCACAUUGAGGUCACAAUUGUUUUCACAAUACGAUCUUCACAUUGAGGUCACAAUUGUUUUCACAAUACGAUCUACACAGUGAGGUCACAGUUGUUUUCACAAUACGAUCUUCACAGUGAGGUCACAAUUGUUUUCACAAUACAAUCUACACAGUGAGGUCACAAUUGUUUUCACAAUACGAUCUACACAGUGAGGUCACAGUUGUCUUCACAAUACGAUCUUCACAGUGAGGUCACAGUUGUCUUCACAAUACGAUCUUCACAGUGAGGUCACAGUUGUCUUCACAAUACUCUGUUCAUAGUGAGGUCAUAUCGACUGAAUAUCUGGUACAAGAAUAACAUGUUAAAAAACAAUAAUAUCAUAUAAUUAUGUGACUGGAGUGACAGGGAUCUCACCACAGUGAUGACAUGCACCUAUCCACUGUAGUGACAAAGAUGUCACCAUGGUGAUGACAAGCAGCCAAUGUCCAAUAAACUGCCGUUACUGUGACACUAGUCUGUAGCUAUAUAAGUUUAUAGCGGUACAGAAGUUAGUCAAAGUGUCCAGACAUAGAACUCAGUGAUCUGUGACCAGUGCACGGACAACACACCCACAACUGAUGCUCACACCACCCGCUGACACCACCCGCUCACACCACCGACACCACCCGCUCACCACCCGCUCACACCACUCGCUGCUAUUUUCAACAAAAGCACGUGCUGUGUGUGAAGGUCGGGUAGUGAGGAGGGCAAAGAAAGGUUUUCUACCCUUCAUGAGAACCGCUGUGUGACACAGUGCUGGACAUGUACCGAUACAUAUCGUAUAUCGUAUAUCGUAUAUAUAUCAUAUAUAUAUAUUUAUCUUACACCUAGACACGCUGAGAUCCACUGAUAGAACUACGCUACUUACAUUGCUAGAAAACAUUAUUUACACCUGGCAACUCGGUAUCAAGGUGCACGUGAAGACACAUUAGUGUCAAUUAUUAUUAUGGCUAUGUGACAUAAUGUGAGAUUACCUGACACUGAAAGACGUUAAUGUUAGUUAAUGUAAACAUUAUGCUGUCUGACAUUAAUCUCUAAUUAUUAUAAAAUAUUGUAAAUGAAAUAUUAUUUGU